UGGCAGGUAAAACGGCACACCUGUACGCCUCGCACGCGCACAUCGUAGGAACGUGGAGGAUCGCGGAAUCGUCGCGUGGACCGGAUCCGUGGAAGCAGAUGAGUUUUCCCGCUGGACAGUGAUAAGGAGACGUUCCUGAGCGACCUGCUGCCAGCAUGUUCUUCAGAAGGACCGAGGACAACGUUGAGCUGUGUGACAGGCAGACCGACGCCCUCAACACUGAGUCUCUACUUCCUUCAGCGCCCAUCCAGAGGACAUAUGAUUACAUACUGGUGUCCAGCACAGAGGAUGAAGACAUGGAUCAGAAGGCCCUUAAACGGACCGCCUUCCUUAAGGAGCUGGAAAAUAAAAAGAUCACAGUCACAACGAUCAUCCAUGAUGACAAACUAUUCUUCGGUCUGCUGGCACCCAACGAGAUGUUUGAAGACUACCAGUACCUGCUCAAAGUUUCUGAUUCCUGUAACUGGAGUGGAGAUGUCACCCAUGCUAACAGGAUUCGGAUUAUUCAUUCCGUCCUCCAUCAGACCUGCAUCAACACAGGAGAGAACCUGGAGGAGCUGCUGCUGAAGGAUGUGUUUGAAAGCAUGUUCUGCCUCCAUGAGAAAAAUGAGCAGAAGAAGCUGCAGAAGAAUUGGGCUCGAUGGACGGCCCUUUUUACAAGACAACCAUUCAGCGACGUGAAGUGUUACUUUGGGGAGAAGGUGGCUCUGUACUACCUAUGGCUGGACUGGUACACUAGACUACUGGUCCCAGCUGCUGCCAUCGGUGUUGUAGUGUUCCUGUAUGCCCUGGCCUUUUUCAACACCAGCCCUCUCAUCAAGGAAGUGUGUCAGUCCAACAUCACCAUGUGUCCUCGCUGUGAUAAGACAUGCCAGGUGUGGGAACUGUCAGACACCUGCUCCUAUGCUAAGGUCAGCCAUUUGUUUGACAAUGAGGGCACUGUGGCUUUUGCUAUGUUCAUGGCAAUCUGGGCUACGCUGUUCCUGGAGCUGUGGAAGAGACACAGGGCCAAGCAUGUCUCUGACUGGAAGGUCUAUGACUGGUCUGAGGAGGAGGAGGAACUGAUCAUGGACAUAGUCAAUGAUCCAAACUGUAACACCAAAAAGUUCAGACAUUCUUACCUGCGCACGACUCUGGUCCUCACCCUGGUAACAGUCAUGCUGAUGCUGAUCAUCGGCCUUGCUCAUGCUCUGGUGGUGUUCCGGGUGGUGGCCGCGCCCUUGUUGUCUGAGUGGGAGUUCCUGAGAGACCACGCCAACACUGUGGCGGUGAUGCUCGGUGCCGUGCUGCACUACGUCACCAUCCAGAUCAUGACCCGGGUGAACAGAUGGGUCUCCCUCAAGCUGUGUAAAAUGGAGGAGCUAAACUCACUCGCUGCCAAAGAGAGGAGCUUCACAGUCAAGAUGUUCACCUUCCAGUUCUUCACCCUCUUCUCCUCCCUGUUCUAUGUGGCCUUCUUUCUGGGCAGGAUCAACGGACAUCCAGGGAAGUAUGUGCGGAUUGCAGGGUUCAGACUGGAGGAGUGCCAUCCCAGUGGUUGUUUAACAGACCUCUUCAUCCAGAUGGCAGUAAUCAUGCUGCUUAAACAGACUGUCAACAACAUCUUUGAGUUCACUGUGCCCUGGUUAAAGAGUAUCCUGAGCAGAAAGGCCGCGAGCAAGCUGGAGAGGAAGUGUGGGUACUGCUACAGGAAAGCCUGCCGCGUCGAACCGUGCGAUCUCUGCAAACUUCAAGACUGGUUGAGAAACUACCACCUGGCCAACUCAGACGCCUUCAGCCUGUUCAAUGAGUUCUUGGAGAUGGUGAUCCAGUUUAGCUUCACCACCAUAUUCGUGGCGGCCUUCCCUCUCGCGCCCCUUCUGGCUUUCUUAAAUAACAUCUUUGAGAUCCGACUGGAUGCUAUUAAGAUGGUUCGGCUGGAAAAACGUCUGAUUCCCAGGAAGACCAAUGACAUUGGUGUGUGGACACAAGUGUUGGAGGCCAUUGGCGUGCUGGCAGUGAUUGCUAACGGCCUCGUCAUCGGAUUCACCUCAGAUUUCAUUCCUCGUCUUGUUUACCGUUACCAUUAUGGCCCAUGUGCCACAGGAAACACCAACACACACUGCAUGGAGGGCUACAUUAACGACACGCUUGCCACGGCCUUUAUGAGCACAGAGAACCAGGACAUGUUUAUAAAUGCGGAGGAAAGACAUCACCUCAAUGUCACGCAGUGCAGCUACCGAGACUACCGGAACGAGGAUUAUUCCCUAACCUCCCAGUUCUGGCUGGUUCUGGCCACACGCUUCGCCUUCGUCGUCCUGUUUGAGCAUGUUGUGGUGAUAUGUAAGUUUGUAGCUGCUUGGUUCGUCCCUGGUAAUCCCACAAAGGUGAAGAAUGAUCGCCUGGAGGACAAACUGGGUCGGCUGAAGGACGAGCUUCGCGAGCGGAAACGGGCCAAAUCAACAGAAGUCUGAUCUCGGAUCUGCUCCUGUGGACAAAUCCUGGCUGUUGAAGCAGAUUCUUGUUUUUAAUCAUCAAUUCUGAGCUGUCGCUGAAAUAUUACUGGACCACAGCUGAGUUUGGGUUUUGUGGUAAAAUGUGAAAAACACGUAUUUUGGUUUAGAUUGUUCGAUGAUGAAUUUUGUUAAAGGAAUAGGUUUCCUGUCCAGGACCUCAGCAGCCUGGAGGAUAUUAAAGAUCAUGUCCUCCAGGCUGGAUUGGAGGACUCUGACCCAGAGACAGCCAACAUAUGAAACAUGUUCAUGUUUGUAGGGAUGUACCUGAGAAUCAGACCCGACUCAUAAAACAGGUCAGGAUGUGCAUUAAUGAAUUUUUUUGUAUUUUAAAGCGUGUUCAGAUGCCACGUUUGUUCUUUAAAGAAUAAAAAUCAUGAGACAUAAGUGGAACAUUAUUCUGAUGGGAGGAAAUCUCUAUAGACUAUCAGCUUCAUCCGUUUCCAUUUCUUUAAUUGCACUUCCAGAAAAGUCUGGAAGUAGAAAAUGCCAUAACAAAUCUGUCAUUUAUUCCUUUAUUUGAAGUUUUAAUUAACAGAAAAGACCAGAGGCCUCAUUUCUAAAGCUGGCGUAGGAACAAAACCUGGCGUACACCAGUUCUAGUCAACUUCUGGGAUGUAUAAAAAACCAGACUGAAUUAGUGAGGUAACCACCGUUUUUAAAAUCAAUAACCAGUAGAUCAAGUUGAUUAGAAGCUGAUUGAAUUCUUUCUUCGUUUUCUUCCACAAGCUAAUAAAGACACUGAACCAUACUGGAUGCCUUUGUUGUUUUAAAACAGGAAAUACCACCGAACUGAACCAUCAAAAGAACUCCAAACUGGUGAGGUUACUAGCCAAUACCGCCCCUGCUGCCACCUUCAGGUUAGGAGAACAACCGAAGUCCAAAAUGAUGCAUUCCCCCUUCGCUUGAGUGGAGAGCAAACUCCCCAGCGUCAGCUAUGCCAUGGCCAACUGCACAGAGACGCUGCACGAGCAUAAAUCCGCCCUCAGACAGCAUCAUCGGUUCGUCCCAACGUUACAUUAACUUUAAGCAUUAAGUAUUUUCAUUCUCUAAACGUCCAGAUCAUAUGUGGUUCAACAUGUGACUCAUCAGCCUGGGUACACUAACUGAGGCGACUGCUUCAUCUGCAGGAUUUGCUCCGUAUUCCGUUGUUGGAAACGAGGCUUCAGGCGGCUAACCGCUAAUUUCCACCGGGUACAUGUGCACCACAGCCUCCGCUGUUAUUUGCACCUGUUUUAGUCAACGGUUUGGUUCCCACCGGGCGCUGCAGCACGUGUCAGAAGUGUUCUGAUAGCGCCUCAUCACGCCUCUCUGCUAAACUUACACGUCCACGUCGACUCAAUUUCUGAUGGAGCACACACACAGAACAGUUCAGAUAAGGGCAGACAGGAAAUCAGACACGGGAGCAGUGUAAAAGCUUCUGGUAAUUUUAAAAAUAAAAGCCCCCAUGCAGACUUGUGCUAUUGAACCAUGAAAACAUUACGUCAAUAACCGGUCAGGGGGUCUCAAUGUUUUUUUUUUCUUCAUCAUGGACAGCAAGAUGUUUGUCCUGGAAGUGGAGAAUCACAAGAUUCUCCUGUGAUUUGGUGAGUGCUAGAUGGACUACACUCACGGGUGCCCCACACCUGACACGCUCCAGGUGUGGAUUGUCACGCCAUGGAGGUUGGAACUAAACCGUGGUGCACAUGCACCCGGUAGAAAUGAGGGGUGAUGAAAGUGAUGGAACCACACUACAUUAUGGGGUCUCUAUAGUGUGGUUACACUCUUUCUGGUUCGUCAUGUCUGUUUUGUAGUGGACUACUUGAAGCAGGUAAUGCGGCAAAAAUACUUGGAGGUAAAAAGAGCUCCCGACACCAACUUGAUGUAUAAUAAAAAACAUCCUAAACAGAUCUGCAGCAUCUGUGAGGGUUGCAGAACCCUAAAGACUAUGCAUACCAGUGGCCUUACGUAGGUUCCCAAACAAUGGACAUCCUCUACAUCUGACAUCAUUCCUGAAGCUAUCAUACAGGAAACAUCUGGUGCCAUUUCCUGUGACUACAGUUCAACUUACCAAGUUCACAUCAUCCUGUCUAUUCUCAAAGUCGUUGUGUUAGCCGGAUCCAUAUGUUAACUACGUAAACAGAUCCUUAAGCCUAAAAUUGCUGAGUACAACUAAAUAUAAUUAAACUACCUACCAGUCAGUAAAAGACUGUGGUCAAACCAUCCACCGCUGUAUUUCAAGUGCGCAUUUACUCUCAACUUUAUGGUAAAAGCAAAGGAAGAGCUCAGGAAAGCUUUUGGAAAUUACUUUCGAUUCCCUCAGUCUCACUUAUAUGCAGCGGAAUUAAAAGGUGUAUUUUAAUAGUAAAUGUUGGUUUAUGAACCAAAUGAACAUCGAGUCAGUUGAAAGUUCCGCAGGGAUUACGUUAAAACCUCUGUAAUCUUAAAGCUAACGCCACCAUGUCUACUUAUGGAUUUCAAAAUAAAGCAUCUCUCUUUCUCUCCUUGUGUCUGUCUUGUGCAGGCUGUUUCAGAUAGCAAAGAUAACCAUUUCUGUUAUUAAAAAUUUUAUAUAAAAGUUUUAUAUAUAAUAUAUAUGUAUGUGUGUGUGUAUAACAAUAAAAA